UCCACUAUCUGCUCACACAGCGUUCUGCUAUAGACUUCUACAGUUUUCUACCAUGUGCUUCUAAAUAAAAUUUGUUUUUACAAUUACUUAAGAAAAUAAUUAAAACAUAAAAGCAGUGAAGCUUUAACGGAAUGCAAAUGAACUGUGAAAGUUUAACUUUUAAAUAUAAAGUUAAGUUUUGUGUUAACAAAGGAAAAUGGAAGAAGUUUUAAAGACGAAUGAUGAUUCUCGGAAUCAAUAUGAUUUCGAAGAAAAUGAAAACGAUAGUGACUUAGAGGGACGAUUAUACGCUGAGAUUUAUUUCUCCAAUGAAAUUCACGAAACCAACGAAAAAUUCGAAGACGAUUCCAUAAGAACUAUACAGGAUAUUAAAAAUGCAACUCAUUGCUGUAUUUCGAGUACUUCUCAAUCAAAAUCAAGUUCAAAAGGUAUUCAAAAUUUAAUUACUACUGAAGAGGUAAACAAAAAGAAUGAACAUCAAUUAUCACAAGACCCUGACAAAAAUCUAAAUUUAGAAAAGCAAAAGAAUUUCGAUAUAACAAUUGACAAUACUCCAAGUAGAAUCUCUAAUGAAAUCGUCAAUAAAUCAUUAAAUUCACAACAAAAAUUACAAAAAUCUCCAAAAAAUAAAUUCGAAAUAAUGAAAGAUUCAAAAAAUAAUUCGCCAAUUUUAAAAAAUGGACAAAAUCAAAAUAAUUCACCAAAAAAUACGUAUAAUUCUCCCGCAAAAAUGAAUACUCCUUCAACAACAAUUCCCAAAUCUGCAAAAAGGAAAUCUAAAAAUGACAAAGAUUAUGAGAGUGCCAGAAAAAGGAGUGUCGAGUAUUGUGAAAGUAUUGACGUUGAUUCAGAUUCUCAGAUAUAUCCAGUUGUGUUAAAUUCCAAAAAAUCCUGGUCUGGUGAUAAUCUUCCAAUAAUUAGCGAUGGAGCAAUGAAUAUUCUUUUUCCAAAAGGCUGGAAGGAGAAGAAAAAAAUUGAUGAUGCCGAGAAAGCGAAAAGUAAAAAGAGAAAAAAUUCUAAAUCAUCUAAAACAAAUACUACUGAAGUAGGUGAAAAAAAGCAAGAAACCGAGAAAGAGGAUGUAAUCGAUAUCACCUCUUCUGAAUCCUCUGACGAUUCAUCCAUCAAUGAUACUCGAAAGUUAAAGAAACGCAUUGAGGACAAAGGCACUUUGCCAAUUUGGUUGAAUUCAAGUUCCGAUUCUGAAGAAUCGAUCCUCGAGGUACCGAUACCCCCAAAACCAACUCCACCACUUGUCAAUUUAAAAGAUUCCGAUACAAACACAUCCGAUUCUGAUGAUGGAAUUUAUGAUUUAAAUUGCUUGCCCGCCAAGAAGAAAUUUCAAUCCAAGUCCGAUGAUUCCGAACAAAGUUUAGAAAAUAAAAAUACAACCGAAAUUGAAGAUAAUUUAGUGCAAAAUUCUCAAGAAAAUUCAAAAACACUAGAAAUUUCCGAAUCAUCGUAUCCAACAUCUGAAAAUUACAAUUCUGAUAAUUCAGAAAGAAAUAUCAGUAAUUCACAAUCUAGUUUUACGACAAAUUCAAAUAUCAGUUCUAGAAAUUGUUCCUACGUUACUGUAGAUAGUGGCGAUGAAAGUAGUUCAAUAUAUGCAGAUGAAGAAGAUAAUGAAGCAAUUCAAGAUUUAAUAUUAAAUUGUACCCUUCCGAAUUCUUCACCAUCAAGACUAAAAAUGGGAAAGUCUACAGCUGAUCAAGAAACUAGGAAUGAAUAUUUUGAGCCACUGAAUGAUAAUCCACAACCAAGUACAUCCAAAGUGAAAAUCUCCAAAAAUCUAAAAAUGAAAAGCAGCAGAGAAAAAACCGACGAAGAAUAUUUCUUUGAGCCAAUGAUUGGUGCAGUGAAAGCCUUUUAUAAUAAUUCUUGGGGUGGAGAGAACUACAGUGUUGAAGAAGUUCGCAGUAAAAUGUCAAAAAAUCCGAAACAUUGGACAAUUUUGGAUGACGAUUGGAAGCCGAGUUUGAGACAACAGAGAUAUUUUCUUAAUAAAGCGAAGUGUACUUUAUGUCGUCAAUCGGGACAUUUCAGAGCCAAUUGUCCAGAGCCGAAGAAAUCUCCAAUUUGUCACAUGUGUGGCUCUCAAGGACAUUAUGAAACUCGCUGCCCUAGUAAAAUUUGUCUCACGUGUGGCAGAAAACAACAUUCGUAUAGAAAAACUUGCGAAUAUUGUACAAAGUUGAAUUGUUCACUUUGUCGUUCUAAAGGUCAUAAAAAGGAAACUUGCCCUGAUCUGUGGAGACAAUAUCAUCAUACUACAAAUCAUUCGGAGCACAAGACGCCGACGAAUAGUAAAGAAGUCAUGAAACCAUCGCAUCUUUUAAUUUGUUGCAAUUGCACAAAAUGGGGUCACGAGUUCUACAACUGUCCCAAAUAUCGUUGGACACCACAUUAUCCCACUCCUGCUCACGUACAGAAUUAUAAAAAAGUUGCUGAAAAUUCAAUGACCAGUGUUCAAGUUAUAAAUUUAGACGAAUCUGCAACAUCAUCCCAAUCAUUGACGGAGAUCAACGAGACUUUAGAAAACGGAGAAAGUGUCAACAAUACGCCAAGUAAAAAUUCUAAUAAAAUUAGAACAUCAGGUACACCAAUUAAAAAUUCAAAUAUAUUAAUAAAAAGCAAUUUUGUAUCGCUGAGGAAGCCAAAUUUGGACACAGAAAAACUAAUUUUCGAAUGUGAAUACAGUCAUCCUCCGAAAAUUCAUUUAACACCCGAAGAAUUUAAUCGCGAACAUAAAAAACAAAUGUGUUUGAAUGAUAUAAAAAAUGCAAAUGUCGAGGAAUUAAUCGCUGGUCGAACUUCUUUUGCUUUUUUGAAAAAUUUAAGUAAAUAUUUAAAAUGCGAUAUUUACAUUACCGUUACUCAAGAUUCAAAAAUAAUAUUGUCCGUAACGUUUUAUGAAUUAUUUUCCGAUCGGAACGUAUUUAAAAAAAUCAUCAAUUUCUGGUUAGAAUCACCAAAGACUAAAAAACAAAUUAUGAGAAAAAUUCCAAGAGAUAAAACGAUAAUAGCCAAGAUAUUUCAAGCGAGAUUGGAUAAAUUUAAUGAGGAAUCGAAAAGUGUUGAAGAGUGUUUUAAUUAUUUGAAAGAAACGUCAUUGUGGUUAAAGGAAAAUCAAGAUCAAUCUAAAAAACCCGAAUUCAAUAAGAAGAAGAAAGAAAUGAUAUCGAUAAGAAAUUUACUUAUCACAAUGCUCUAUAAACUCGAUUGUGGUGUCGAGAAGAAAGCCUUUUCAAAAAUGGAAAUUGCUCUAAAUUUAGUGAGUUUAUCAAAAAGAGUAAAAUUAAACAGUUACAUUUCUCUUUAUUACUAUUAUCAUUUAAUAUUUUCUGAUUGUUUACCAACGAAUUUAGUACAAAUGUUAAAUAAAUAUUUCACCUUGAAAGCAAUGGAUGUAAAUGUUUCACUAAAUGAUAUAGUCUUCAAUGAAAAUCAAGAAAGUGCCGUAGAAAUUGUAGAACACGAAAAUAAUGAAUCGAUCGAAGAAAAUUCAUCACCAAAUAAAUUGCCUUCAUUAGUGGACUUUGAUAUGACAAUGUCACCGAAUAAUUUCCAACAAAAACGAAAUGUGUUCACUUUUCCUGAUGCUGAUUUUAUACCAAUAUCAACGAGUACAAGUAAUUUCAUAACUCCCACUACAGAGCGAAACGUUAAAUACUAUCCAACAAAUGUACAAAAUAGUCCACAAUAUCAACUUAAUAUUUCUGGAAAAAGUAAUAAAAAAUUGAACAAAAAUUCCAAAAAAUUCCGUAAAUUAAAAAAGGAAGCGACUAUCUAUAUGAAUGAAGCUCUUCAAAUAAAUGAACCAAAGGUCACGAAAGCAGCAAUUAAAAUUGGAGAUUUAAUUACUCAAACUACGUUACAAAGGAAACAUGUGACUUUUCUUAAAAAUCUUUGUAUUAAAUCUCAAAAGAAAAUGUUAAAGAAAUCAUCUAAGAAACGUUCCUUCUCAAAUUUCUAGUUAUGUCAAAAAAAAUAUUGUUUGUUAUUUUCAUAAUGAAUUUGAGAU